AUGGAUUAUGUUGCGAUUCUUGGCUUGGGGCAAUUGGAUAUGGCUGGUCUUAGGCUCAUGUGCGCUUUUAAUGAUGGUGACAAUCUUAUGGAUGGUGUUGGAUAUGAUGGUGGUGCAAUUGUUCUUGGUGUAUAUAUGGGCGUUGGUGGUGAUGUCAAUGAUGAUGGCGUUGCUGGUGGUGCUGGUGUAAGCGGUAGUGAAGGUGGUCCUGGUGGAGGAGGCGAUAGUGGCGGUGAAGGUGUUAUGUGUGGUGCUGAUGGUACUGGUGGAGGCGGCAAUGAAGUCGGUGUUGAUGGUGCUGGUGGAAACGGAGAUUAUGGCGGUGAAGGUGGUGUUGAUGGUGCUGGUGGUAGCAACUGUGAAGGCGGUGUUGAUGGUGCUGGCGGAAGUAAUAUUUGA